AAGGCCGCAAUAAGAAGCAAACUCUAUUGAUGUGUAGGCAACCCAUUUGGCUCGUGUCGCAAGAACGUUGCUAGCGAUUAACUGAGAAGUAUGGCAGGAACCAAAUCUAUGCUAUUUGGACAUGAGAGUCAUGAGGAGGUAAAAGUUCAGAGGGAGCAAGGCGGUGCUGCCAGACGCAUGCUCGGAAAUCUCAAAUUGCUGAAAUUCAAUCCAUUUCCACGAGCGCCACUACGAGAAAUGUCCAAUCCCGGAAGCACAAGUAUUUCGAGAGAGUUUCCACCAUCAUACACCCACGCUGGGCUCAGGAAAUUUCUCAUAGCACGAUUUCCCGAUGACUUCAGAGCAAUACCAGACAUCAACGACCUCGCUUUCUCCAAUAAAUACGGGGUUAAGUGUCGUCAGUCUUCCCCGACGGCGUUCUUACGCAUAGGCCGACUGAAUUGGGGACAUGAGAACCAUAUUUAUGUACAGAUUAUCGGCGGGAAGAACAACAGGAUAGCACUCUCGGAAGGACAAAGCAUCAAGACCGGAUUCAGCAUUCAUAGGCUGGCGGAGGUUGAGCUCAUAGCCCCAUUCCACUACCUUGAUUCCCACAUCUCAAGCGAUCGAGCGAAAAGGAAACUCAGAGCACUCGCGUGUUUUCUGUUCCUAGCCGCGGGUCACAUCAAGAUUGUAGGCAAGUACGACACCUUAGAGGCUGACCUCCUUAAGGCAUGCGCCUGGAUAGCGAACAAAGGGAAUUAUCCAAAAACACAAACACAGAGCUUGAGAUUCAUAGAAGAACCUUUGAUACCGGCUGCGGAGCUAGGACUCACUGGAGACAGUCAUUCCAUUUCUUCUCACUCGGACGAUGUUCUUGAAACGCAAUGUGCUAGCAUGCAAGUACAGCGCACUCCAGACCACGGCACCAUGUCAGACGAAGUCGUAACAAGAAUUAAACGCAAACAUGAGGAGAUUGAAGUCGAAUUCAUCACACUGCAAUCGGAGCUGUCCACUCUCAAGAAGAGGGCAACCGGGUGCUCGAUCUUCGAAGACACUAUCAAACGGCAAGCUACCGAGAUCGAAAAACUCACAAAAACACUCAAAGAGAUGACCGAAGGAAAUGACACACUUGAAAUCACGAUUUCUCAGCUCCAGAAGACGAACACGGAGGUCAGUACAGAAAAUGUGGACCUUCGCUCGGAAAUGGACCAGAAAGAGUUGGAACUUCAGAACAGUAGAAGCCGAUACGCAAGGUCCAUCCAAGAAAUUGGGAAAGCGAAGAUGGAUCUUGAGAACGCUAGAAGUAUGCAACAGAAGGAGUCCAAUCUGAGACAAAAUGCGGAGUUGAAAUUAGAGCGGUACUUGAAGGCACAGCAGCAUCUGGCGUUGGAGUACAAACGCUGA